AUGAGGUGGUUCCUGCCCUGGACGCUGGCAGUAGUGACCGCAGCUGCCGCCGCGGGCGGCGCCCUGGCCACGGCCCUCUCUCCAGCCCCCACGGCCAUGGCCUUCGCCCCGGCACCCCCGGAGGACACGACUUCACGCCCCCAAUUCUGCAAGUGGCCAUGUGAGUGUCCGCCGUCCCCACCCCGCUGCCCGCUGGGCGUCAGCCUCAUCACCGACGGCUGCGAAUGCUGUAAGGUGUGCGCCCAGCAGCUCGGGGACAACUGCACAGAGGCGGCCACCUGUGACCCCCACCGGGGCCUCUACUGCGACUACAGCGGGGACCGCCCGAGGUACGCAAUAGGAGUGUGUGCACAGGUGGUCGGCGUGGGCUGCGUCCUGGACGGGGUUCGCUACAGCAACGGCCAGUCCUUCCAGCCCAACUGCAAGUUCAACUGCACAUGCGUGGACGGCGCGGUGGGCUGCACGCCGCUGUGCCUCCGCGUGCGCCCGCCGCGCCUCUGGUGCCGCCACCCCCGGCGGGUCAGCUUGCCCGGCCGCUGCUGUGAGCAGUGGGUGUGCGACGAUGACGCCAGGAGGCUGCGCAAGACAGCGCCGCGCCACGCGGGAGCCCUCGCGGCCGCGGGCGAGCUCGAGCCCUGGCACCGGAACUGCAUAGCCUACACGAGCCUCUGGAGCCCCUGCUCCACCAGCUGUGGCCUGGGCAUCUCCACGCGGGUCUCCAGCGCCAACGCCCGCUGCUGGCCCGAGCAGGAGAGCCGCCUCUGCAACCUGCGGCCCUGUGACGUGGACCUCCGGCCCCGCAUCAAGGAAGGGAAGAAGUGUCUGGCUGUAUACCAGCCAGAGGCGCCCAUGAACUUCACCCUCGCCGGCUGCACCAGCACACGCGUCUACAGGCCCAAGUACUGUGGGGUCUGCACGGACAACAGAUGCUGCAUCCCCUACAAGUCCAAGACCAUCAGCGUCUCCUUCCAGUGCCCCGACGGGCCUGGCUUCUCCCGCCAGAUGCUAUGGAUUAACGCCUGCUUCUGCAACCUGAGCUGCAGGAACCCCAACGACAUCUUUGAGGACUUGGACUCCUACCCUGACUUCUCAGAAAUCGCCAACUAG